CGGCGCGCGCUCUCUGCCCGCUCCGGCUGCAGCGCCCGCUGCAUCAAUAAUUCAGAGCGGCGGCGGCGGCGGCAGCGGCGAGUGCGGACAGGAGGCGGCGGCAACAGCGGGGACCAGGCAGCAGAGGCUAUGCAUCCAAGUGCGGCUGGGCGGCCGCGGCACCCCUGAGGCCCGGGCGGGGCUCCGGGUGCACCGCGCGAGGGGACGUUUGUCCUGGAGUCCGAGGGAGAGGCGUAGCGGCCCGGGAGGCGUCGGAGGAGCUGUACACAGAGCUGAGGAGGGGGCUUCGGAGCAGGGCUGGGGAGGGGGGCGGCUGGCGUUGGCAGCCCCCGGGGUGGGGGGCGGGGUGGGCGCCGGCGGCGCGAUGCUGGGCGUCGUGGAGCUGCUGCUGUUGGGGGCUGUGUGGCUGGCAGGCCCAGCCCGCGGGCAAAAUGAGACAGAGCCCAUCGUGCUGGAGGGCAAGUGUCUGGUGGUGUGUGACUCCAACCCCACGUCUGACCCUACGGGCACUGCUCUGGGCAUCUCCGUGCGCUCGGGCAGCGCCAAGGUGGCUUUCUCUGCCAUCAGGAGCACCAACCAUGAGCCGUCCGAGAUGAGUAAUCGCACCAUGAUCAUCUACUUCGACCAGGUACUAGUGAACAUCGGGAACAACUUUGACUCAGAACGGAGCACUUUCAUCGCCCCGCGCAAAGGGAUCUACAGUUUUAACUUCCACGUGGUGAAAGUCUACAACAGACAGACCAUCCAGGUGAGCCUCAUGUUGAACGGGUGGCCGGUGAUUUCAGCUUUCGCCGGUGACCAAGACGUGACCCGCGAGGCCGCCAGCAACGGCGUCCUCAUCCAGAUGGAGAAAGGCGACCGAGCAUACCUCAAGCUGGAGCGGGGGAACUUGAUGGGGGGCUGGAAGUACUCAACCUUUUCUGGAUUCCUCGUGUUUCCCCUCUGACUGGCUCGUUACGGGAAUGGAGGCAGGAGAAAGGCAGGAGGGGAGUGAGAAAGAGGCCGAAAAUUACCGGGGCGAGGAAGCGGCGCCACCGGAAACUUCCUACGUGUUCCUAGCUACGACUGGGUACAAAGGUGCGCGCCGCCCGCGGUCCAGCUUCGUCCGCUCCCUUACUAAGAGAAGUAAAUUUCGCUUAGCUCUGCACACUCUUAUUUCCAAAAAUAAACUCGCCUCCCCCAAGCCAGUCGCAGUAAUCGAGGAAGAGACUGCCUUGUCAUUGUUCCUUACCCACGUCCACGUCCCCAACAAUUAACGAAGUAAUGUGAAAUGUUUCUCCCGACCCGACCUCCCCCCCCAACCCUGCCACUUACUGAAACUUAGUAUGCCCUCCCCACCCCACCAGUUUGAAGAGGGGAUCAGUUUGUUUUCUGUUUCUGUUUUUGAAUGGGGCAGGUAGUUUUAAUAUAACAGGUUUUGCUCUUCAAACACCGUGCGAGUUAAGCUGUGGAGACUUGUCCUCAGCUGCUUGUCAGCGGAGGAAGGACUCGGCUUCGUGGUGACUGGUUUAACCAUACAUAAAUAUGUAUCAUUUGUACGCGAAGAACUCUUACGGGUGGACGCUGGCUGUAUUCCGUAUUUCUGUCCUGUUCGGAGUGAUCGUGAAAUCUAAGACUGCUUGGUGUUUGUUUUCUGAUGCUUGUCAAUGCCCUGUGUUCUGUGGCUCCACCAAACGCCAAGGAGGUUCUUCGGAACGCGUCCUCUCCCUCUGUAACAUACGUGUGAAUAGCCAAAAUUUAAUUUUGCUUUAAUCCAAUAAAGUCAAAGUGGGACUUUUA